AUGAGCUCAAACAUCGAUUCCGAAACAUCGAUCCAAUAUGCUGAGUUCUCUCCGCCUGUAUUGCGCAAAAAACGCAAGGGGGUAAGACCUUCGUUAUCGACUCUGGUGGACCAAUGUCGCAAGAGCUUGAAGGAGAGCGAGUGGUACAAACAAUGUGAAGAAAUUCUGCUCGAGUCAAUACCGUUCGAUCGACCGUUCGAGAUAAUCUGCCUGGGCCUCGGAAGCCCGUCUUCAUCUGCGAUAUCUCGCGUUCAGUACUGUUUUCUGCUGAAUUUAUGCGACCAUAAACCGGUCAAGGUCUCGUUAUAUGAUCCUGUCUUCACGGAAGAAGACUGUGGCUUAUUCGAGGAACACGAACUGCCCGUGUCGCCCGCCCUCACAAACGGAGCAGCCCAUCUAACCGUUUACUUUAUGCCUCAUUGUGACAUGGAGCUGUACGAACAAGUCCUGAAAGUCAAUGGGUGCGAGCAGCGAAUCCGUAAUCUGGUUCUCAUCGGAAACCGGUUGGAAGAUUACGUUGAAAACAAACCUACUCGGGAACUGCAACUCAACGCUCCCCAUAUUCUGAGCAUAGUCACAACCCUGACAUCCAAGCCUCUUCCGCUCUCCGAAGCCUGGCCCGCCGCAUUCAACAAUACGGCCGUCCAAUUCCUCUCUGUUGGAGCCGAUUCCUGA